AUGAGCUUCUUCACAUUUACACUAGCGACCACACGUAGGUCCAUAUAUGUCAGCACGGUGCUAAGUGCUAUUUUUUUAGUAUUGUUGCCAUGGUCUGUUCUUUCAUACUUGAGGUUUUACAGUGUCAUUAUACCAAAUGCAUCGUAUGAACUCCCACUUCGCUUUGUAAGCCGUUAUGGGAUUGCAGGUGAUGCACGUGGUGUGAAUGAACUACUUCUGGUUGCAGGGUCGAAGAAUAUCAAUUAUGAUCUACAAUUAAACUUACGAGUGUUUUGCCCCAAGAAUCUAAUUGGGGACUCGAAACUAGUGUUUGGCAAUUUGACCCUUCAACAUGAUUCUUGGCACUCUGAGAGUACCUCUACUCAAUCGACAUUUUUAAUUCAUUGUGAUCCUAGAACAAUCCAUAGUACUUUCAACUCAUGGAUUCCUUACAAUCUCCGUCUUUGGGUACCCCCAUUUCUCACUCAUAAUGAGAGAGUGAACAUUGUUUCAACAAAAAUUGGAUCCAUAUCAGCAUUAGGGUUGGCCAAUCAUUUGGGCCGCUCAGAUGGAAAGAUUGAAUAUGAGCUUGAUACUCCCCUUCUUGUGGAUAUCGAAAAAUCUUCCCUUCUUGUGAAUGUAGAAUGGCAAGGAAUAAGGUACUAUCUCUUUAAUCAUUACUAUAUAUGUUUUUUGAUAGGUGUGACUUUAUUCUGGGCCACUAGCUCUAUUGUUAACUUUGUGAUUAGUAUGACUGUCUGGUACAUUCUACGUAAACAGGUUACAAUGAGGGACUUGAAAAUAGACUGA